AUGGAUGAAGGACGUCACCAUGUCAGCCAGAAGGAACUUGGUUUUAGAAAACCCGAGAUCUUCAACGGUUCAGACCGUUCAAAGCUUAGGGAAUUUAUAAACCAAUGCAAGAACUACAUGGCCGGAAAUAGCCAUGUCUACCAGGAGGACAAUCAGAAGAUCGCAUUCGUGCUAUCGCACAUGCAAGGAGGAACAGCAGGAUCAUGGGCACAGAGCUUCAUAGAAAUGGAACUCACCAAUGAUGACUUCCUUUCUUAUGGGAGUUGGAGAGACUUCAUUGCGAGUGUGAACAAAGCAUUUGGCGAUGAAAAUAUUGAAGAAACCGCUCGUACCUUGCUGCGUAACAUCAAGCAAGGAACUCGUACUGCGGACGACUACAUUGCCGAAUUCCGAUCGCUUGAAUCCAAGGCGAAAUUAGAAGAUGCCGGAAAUAUCGAGUAUUUCAAGUGGGGACUUAACGACCCACUCCGACAAAAGAUAUAUGGGAUGGAGAGCAUGCCCAAGACACUUGACAAGUGGUACGAAUACGCCUCGCGGUUUGAUAACCAAUGGAGAUCUGCUCAGAUCUUCAAGCGAGGAGCCACUACGACGACGCGAGGAAAGGGCCGAUCUGUCCAUCGUCCCUACUACUCGGCUUCUGCAAAGGAUCCAAACGCGAUGGAUGUUGAUCGUGUCAAUAUCUCGCGCUUAUCCCCGGACGAGCGACAGAAGAGAAUGAAAGAAGGAUUAUGUUUCCUAUGCGGAAAGAAGGGCCAUAUAGCCAACGACAGACAAAUCCACCCCCAGUCUGGAAGUUUCACCCGUGCUAGAACGAUACAGCCCGGGUUGGACACAGACACGAUCACAUGGAUCAAGAAGAUGCGAGAAGACCUCGCACAGAAGAAGGAGACAUCGAAGGAAGAAACCAGAGAGGAACAGAUCACCUAUGUGCGAAACAUCUUCAACGACAUGACUGAUGAAGAACGAACCCAAUUGGGUUUUUGA